AUGUGGGGCUUUACCAAGGAUGGUAGGUUUUCUGUGAGAAGUGCCUAUCAUUUAGGCAAUGCCUUGGGAAAAUCUAUGGUUGGGGAAUGCUCUAACAAAGAAGUUCAGAAGCAAAUUUGGGAAGGGGUUUGGAGACUAAAUGUACCUAAUCCUACAAAGCAGUUUGUGUGGAAGGCUCUGAAGGGCAUAUUACCAACAAGGCAGAGUCUAGUGCAGAGAAAAAUAAUUGAAGAUGCUACAUGCCCGAUCUGUCAAAGGGGUGAAGAAACAAUAAGCCAUGUCCUAUGGUCAUGCCUAGCUGCAAGUGAUGUAAGGGCAGAGAGUGGGAGUGGUCUUCAAAAAUGGCCUAGUGAAGAAAAUGACUUUUAUGUGCUAUGGUCUGAAAUGCAAACCAGAUUGCAGCAGAGUAAAUUAGAGGAGGUUUCUAUGAUACUGAGAGGACUAUGGACUAGGAGAAACAUGAUGUUUUUGGAAGGUAAGUUUGACAGUCCACGAAAAGUACUAAAUGCCUCAAUGACUAGUCUUCAAAGUUUUCAUAAUGCUCGUGCUGCACUAAACAAUCUGAAGGGGUCUCAUGGUCAGAUAAGGAAGAAUAUCAAAUGGAAGCCACCAGAUGAGGGUGUUUCUAAGGUAAACUUUGAUGCGGCUAUUGAUAAGAACAAUUUUAAAUUGGGCUUGGGUAUAGUGGCAAGGAAUCAUGUGGGGGAGGUUCUGUUUACUUUCAGUUCUGCUAAACAGUUUAGUGGAAACUCUGAUCUGGCUGAAGCAGCUGCUCUUUGGAGAGCUAUGGAGCUCGUUUUAGAGCUUGAUGUUAGGUUGGUGGUGUUUGAGGGAGAUGCUGCCAGAGUGAUAAGAGGAGUAACAGAGGUAGGGGGCAACUAUGCAUGGAUGGAACAGCAGUAUGCCAAUAUACGUGGCAGGCUGUUAAUGAGGCCAGAUUGGUCUAUGAGUUUCAUUCAUAGAUAA